UAAUGAAUGCUCAUAUGAAAACUGGCACCAACAGUGAUAAAGAAAACAUCUGGUGCAUUCUGUAAAUACCCAUUUUGGGGGGCUAUAUAAGUCUCAGGAAGGAAGGAGAUUUUUGGAGUUGGGCAACUGUAGUUUUCCAACUAGUCUUUGUUCUCCACUUCUAAUAGGAUGACUUCUGACCGUCCCCCACAAUGCUGUUCCUCUGAAUCCUGUUCCAGGGCUUCCAAUUGUGCAUUUGCUUCAACCUGUUCCAUGGAAAACAUUUGUCUCCCCAGCACCAGUGCUACAUCCAGAUGCCACACCCCUGGUUUCCUAUCCAGGUCUCAGUUGCCAACCAGUUGCCUCGCACCAUCCUCCUUUGCUGGGAAUUGUAAUGUUCCAUGGUUGAUGGGAAACUGUGCUUGGUAUGAAGAUGGGGUGUUCAACAGCAACGAGAAGGAGACAAUGCAUUUCCUGAAUGACAGACUCGCCAACUAUCUGGAGAAGGUGCGUGACCUGGAGGAGAUGAAUGCAGAGCUAGAAUGCAGGAUCCGAGAACAAUGUGAAGAGGAAAUCCCACUGGUGGGCCCCAAUUAUCAGUGCUACUUUGACACUAUUGAGGAUCUCCAACAAAAGAUCUUGUGCACGAAGGCAGAGAAUUCUAGAAUUGCUGUACAGCUUGACAACUGCAAACUGGCUGCCGAUGACUUUAGGUCCAAGUACGAGUCUGAACUCUCUCUUCGCCAGCUGGCAGAGACUGACACUGGUGGCCUGCGUGGGAUCCUGGGUGAGCUGACCUUGUGCAGAGCUGAUCUGGAGGCCCAUGUGGAGUCUCUGAAGGAAGUUCUCCUUUGCCUUAAGAAAAACCAUGAAGAGGAGGUCAGCUUGCUUCGUGGACAGCUUGGUGACCGACUCAGUGUGGAGCUAGACACUGCCCCCACUGUCGAUCUCAACAAGGUCCUGGAUGAGAUGCGCUGUCAGUAUGAAACAGUGCUCGCCAACAACCGCAGAGAUGCAGAAGAGUGGUUCGCUGUGCAGGCAGAGGAGCUGAAUCAGCAGCAGCUGUCCAGCACAGAGCAGUUGCAGGGCUGCCAGAUGGAGAUCUUGGAACUGAAACGCACAGCCAAUGCUCUGGAAAUUGAGCUCCAAGCACAGCAAAGCCUGACAGAAUCUCUGGAAUGCACUGUGGCAGAAACCAAGGCCCAAUAUAGCACCCAGUUGGCCCAGAUGCAGUGCCUGAUCGAUAAUGUGGAGAACCAGCUGGCUGAGGUCCGCCGCGACCUGGAGCGGCAGAACCAGGAGUACCAGGUGCUGCUGGACACAAAGGCCCGGCUGGAGGGUGAGAUCACCAGGUACCAGGGUCUCCUUGAGAGUGAGGACUGCAGGCUUCCCUGUAACUCAUGUUGUACAACGAGCACACCAAGCAACACCUGUAAGCCAUGUGCAGCCUAUGUAAUCUGCACAGUCGAAAACUGCUGUGCAUGAAUGCUAGGCACCCAGCACAGCAGAUGGAGGACUGAAACCAGCAGGAUCCUGGAAGGAAGGUGGCGCUCCAAUCAGGGACAUCCAAACUGAAACUCAAGUGAAGAAGGCUUUCCUAUCCUAACAUUUGCCUCUGAACCUCCUCAGUACUUUUCUGCUUCAUCAUUUCGUCUCUGCCUGCCUAUUUAUAAUAUUCUAGGAGUCUAUCAAACUUUCUUGCUAAUCUCCACAUAGAAUGUGUUUCAUUCCCUUUAGCAUGGUAAAUACAGCCUUUGGUUUAUUGAUAUAAUAACCAUUUGGUAUGAGGGUAAUUGUCGAAAACCACACUGACAGUUUGAUUUUGCAUAAAUACAAGCUAAAGAUAUUUUUAACUCCUUAAAUAAAAAAUACAUUAACUAAUCCAUGAAAAAUGUCAUAUAUUAUAGAAGAUAGCUUCAUGUACCUUUCUGAGAUGAAAUUUAGGAAUAAAAUGUAUUUAUUUUUAAUUAUAAAAGUACAAGGCCUUCUUUUUAAUUUGGCACAUGAAAGGGGAAAAAAAAAUCAGUCAUAAUUCCAUGCCUCAAAUACCCAUUGUCAGUAUUUUGGGAAUUUCCAGAUUUCUUUCUUAUAAUAGGCUUUUCCAUUUAGCAGUAUCAUAGUUAUAUUUCCAUAUAGUUGUUAACCUAACUUUUUUCAUUAUGUCAUCUAAGCAUUUUCAAUCCUAAUAAACAUGUAAGAUUGUCUUCUGACCAUUAUUUCAGUGGCUGUAUAAAAUACCAAAGGAACAUUGGUUUGUUACUAGACAUUUAGGGUAUAAUUAUUCUCACACAUUUAAAAAACAAAAUAGAGAACUUCCACUUCGAGAAAGAUGAAGUAGCUGUACAUUUCCCCAUUCUUUUUCCUAAGUAUAGCUAAAAACCCUGGAAAUCGGAUAUAAAACAAACAUAAGUAGACUCUGGACGGUGGCAGGAGCAGCCAAACCGACAAGAGUCCUUUGACAUCCAAGAAACACCACAGCGGUUCGCUCCCUGGGUUUUCUUUCUGCCUCAUGUGUCCUGCAGUGGGAGCUGGAGAAACCAGCGGCCCGGGAACACCAGCAGGAGCAGACAGCGGGGAAGAAAAGCCCCAAGAAGAGAAUAAAGAAACAUCAACGGGGGUAAGGUUUCUGUACUUGACUUGAAGUGAAAACAUGUCAACACUGGUAGUCUAUGAUAAGUUAUGUACAUUUAAUGUUAUACCUAGCACGACUACUUAAAAGCUAUGAAAUACACUUAAAAAUGCUGUAUCAAAAUGGAAUUCUAAAACAUAUUCAAGGAACCCAAACGAAGGCAGGUAAAGAGAAUAGAGAAAUGGAAAAACAGAAAGAACAAACAGAAAACAAAAAAUAAAAUGCAGAUUUCAACCCCAUCAUAUCAAUGAUUAUAGCAAAUGGAAAUGGUCUAAAUGCACUGAUUAAAGGACAGAGAUUGAACAUAAAAAAAGCAUGUCCAAAUUAUAUGCUUUCUACAAGAAGGCUCACUUCAAAUAUAAUGAUAUAAGUAGGUUAGAAGUAAAGGGAUUGAAAAAAAUACAGAAUUAUUCAUAGCAAUUUAUUUGUAAUAACCAAAAACUGGAAACAACCAGAAUGUUCUCAAGAUCUCAAGACCACUCUGCUGAGUGAAAAAAGGCAGUCUCAAAGGGUCACAUGCUGUAUGA